AUGAAAGACUUCACCCGAGAAACCACCGGCGUCGAGGUCGUCCAGGAGUUGCGCGACCGAGUCGAUGGGAAAACCAUUGUCAUUACCGGAGCCAGUGAACGAGGACUUGGUGGCGAGACGGCAAUCGCUUUCGCUCAUGCAAACCCUGCGCAUCUGAUUCUCCUUGCUCGCUCGCAAACACGAGUCGAUUCAGUCAUUGCCCGGAUCAAGGAGCUGAACCCAGCCAUCAAGGUCACAUUCGUGCCUGUCUCGUUGGACGACUUUGAUUCCGUGCGUGCCGCAGCCGCCACCAUCAACUCUUCUAUCGAUAGGCUCGACUAUUUGAUCAACAAUGCCGGUGUCAUGGCACUUAACGAAUACCAGACGAACAAGAAUGGCAUAGAGAUGCAGUUCGCCACGAAUCACUUGGGCCACUUUUUGUUCACCAAACUGCUCAUGCCCAAGAUCCUCGCCGCAGGGCCAGGUUCGCGUAUCGUCAACUUGACAAGUCUCGGCCACAAGAUUGGACCGGUCCGCUUCGACGACUACAACUUUUCCAACGGCAAAGAGUACGAUCCAUGGUCAGGGUACGGCCAGUCAAAGACAGCCAACGUUCUCUUUUCUCUGGGGUUGACACAAAAACUGAAGUCUCGAGGUAUCCAGAGCUACGGAGUGCAUCCAGGUGCCAUCUUCGGCACGAACCUGGCCGCCCAUAUCACUGACAUCAUGGCUUCAUUGGCCGAGAUUGAUCCAAUUGCGCUCAAGAACACGGGUAAAGCCUUCCCACUGGCCCAAGAUCCCCCCAAGCCGAUUGAACAGGGUAUCACCACGACCAUCGUAGCAGCUUUGGACCCUAGAAUCGAGGGUCAAAGCGGCAUGUACAUGGCAGAUGCAAAAUGCGAGCCAACAUAUGACUAUGCCGAAUCUGUGGAAAAUGCUGAGAAACUGUGGAAAUUGAGCGAAGAGUUGGUCGGUGAGAAGUUUGAGAUAUAA